AUGGAGGUGGAAACAGCAAAGCCGUAUUUCUUUGGUGAUAUAGGCUUUUGGUCUGAACGGACCGAGGUCCAUAAGGCUGCUUAUCAUGGCCAUGUGUCACAUCUUCAAAGUCUAAUUCAGAGUGGAGCUUCGGUGAAUAUAGUUGCUGUAGACUCCAUCACUCCUCUCCAUGAAGCUGCUGUCCGUGGACAGACACAAUGUGUGAGGCUGCUACUAGACGCUGGAGCACAGGUGGAUGCAAGAAAUGUGGAUGGGAGUACUCCUUUGUGUGAAGCAUGUUCUGCUGGGAGCUCAGAUUGUGUGCGGCUUCUGCUUGAGUACGGAGCAAAGGUUAACCCUGCCCUUACCUCACGCACUACCUCCCCGCUUCAUGAGGCCUGCAUAGGUGGUAAUGCUGAAUGUAUAAAGCUAGUGAUUGCAAAUGGAGCCAGUCUAGAAGCCUAUGAUCUCUACCAUGGGACUCCACUACACGUAGCCUGCGCUAACCAGCACCUGGAGUGUGUCAAAGUGCUACUCAAUGCAGGAGCUAAAGUGAAUGUGGUUCGACUGCACGAGACAGCAUUGCACCAUGCAGCAAAGGCUAAUAAUGUGGAAAUGAUCAAACUGCUGGUGGAGUUUGGGGGAAAUGUGUAUGCCAGAGACAAGCAUGAGAAGAAGCCCAUCGACUACACCAGACCUGAUACACCUGCAGCUCUUUGUCUACAGCUUUAUGAGAGCUCUCCUCUGUCUCUACAGCAGCUGAGCCGUAUCGUGCUUAGGACUGUGCUGGGUACCCGAGCACUGCAGGUCAUCACCAAACUGAACCUUCCAAACCUCAUCAUUUACUACUUGUCCUACCAGUAACACCUCCAACCGUCCACACACACAUUCAGGGCUGGUGCCACUAAGAGCUACAAUAGCAGAAUGCAAGUUUACAAACACUUGAAAGUACAUUCUUGGAAUUUUAAAUCACACUUUAUAUUGAAUUAUUAUAACAGUAUUUUUACUCCUCAAUCUACACUUAAGCACAUAAUGAUGACGUAAAAACAUAUUCAUACAGAAAUUCUUAAAUGUAAAUCUUUUAGAACUCUCUUACUUAAAUAAGUUAUUCCGGCUCUUUGCUGUGGCACUACAAACUGUAGUCAUGAGCAUUGCAUUUGCUUUAAUUAGGCUUGAGAAGUGUUUAGAACUGAAUCUUUGUUGUAUAUAAAUUGAUAGGACAUUGUUUAAAAAAGCACACACCUGAGGUCCAUAAAGGCUCAUAAUUUACUGCAUUGUGAGGACAAAAAACUAGCCAUAAAGUCCAAGAAACUGUCUGUGGAUCUCUGCAAUAAAAUGUGGCAGGGCAAAGAUCAGGGCAAGGAUAUAAAAUACAUGUGUCAAACUGAAGGCCCACUGGCCAAAUCCGGCCCGCCACGUCAUUUUAUGUGGCCCGCGAGAGCUUAAAAGAAAAGAAAUGUACAUAAACUGCAUCUCCUACAAUGCAUGCUGAUUUUGUGACCCACAAAGUGACUGCAUCCCGCCACUAGAUGGCAGUGUUUCCACAUCAGCGUUUAAUUGAGGCAGUUUUCCAACAAGUGAAGUUGAGAAAUAUUUACAAAGAAUCCCAAAAUGUAGAAGAAGAGAAAAUUGAUGCAGAAGGAAGGUAAUUUAAUAAA